AAACAUGGAAAUACGUCAAACACGUCGUACGUUCAUGGACUGCACGUGUUCUCUGUUUACUUCCGGUGCCAGAAGCGCUACGUUGGCGUCGUUGACGCUGACUCGUAACUUUUUGUUGCUUUCAGUCGAGCUGUGUCGCCAUGCAGUGCAAAGUUCUCACAUGACAUCUGCUUUGUGGCUUAUCGUACCUAUUUUUAUUACGAUCCCGUUCAUGCUCCCUGUCCAGUGAAGCUGCGUGCACGCAGAGUUUGGUUGCUUGUUGAAGAGUUGACGGUGACGGUAUGCGUGAACGUGUGCAGUAAUUCGCCCCAAAUUAAGAACCUGUAAACAUAGCGAUGUCAUCCGAUAUUUUGAAUGAGGACUCUUCCAACGAGUUGUUAGAAGCUUCAGAGAAUGCCGACACAAAGAAGAAAGUGCGAAAUCUUGUUGGAUUUUGGUUUCUCGGUCUCUGCAACAAUUAUGCCUAUGUGGUAAUGCUAAGCGCAGCAUUCGAUAUUCUUAACAAGGAUGUCGUCCCACGAAAUGCCUCCUCUGCAAUUAUUCAUCGCACAAAUUUGACAAGAUGCAACCCAACAUCAACUGGUGCCAUCCUGUUGGCAGACAUCCUUCCAGCACUGAUAGUAAAACUUUGUGCGCCAUUCUUGAACAUCGCCACCAGUGUGCAGGUUGUCCUUGUGGUCAUGCUGUCCUGUCUUAGUUUCCUUCUGACGUCCUUUGCAGUGGCCAAAUGGAUGUCCUUCGUAGGUGUAAUCUGUGCAUCGAUUGGAAGUGGCCUGGGAGAAAUUACAUUCCUUGCUUACUCAUCCUACUUUCAUAAAGAUGUGAUAUCCACAUGGUCAUCUGGAACAGGUGGUGCAGGUGUCCUGGGUGCCCUGUCAUAUGCCUCCAUGGCAUCUUUACUCACACCUGCGACAACAUUACAGGUCAUGCUCUUUGUGCCUGCCGUAUUGGCGUUUAGUUUUUGGUGUGUACUGGUCCACCCGAAGAAGCCUAGAGAGGCAUCUUCUGCUGCACCUCCAAACGCCGCAGAUGACGUCCCUCUGCUGCCCUGCAGUCCUUGCAGGGGAAACACUGAGAAUGCGAUCCAGUUCCUCGACAAGGUCAAGCUGGUCAGGCCUCUUCUGCGUUUCAUGGUCCCUCUGGGCAUUGUGUACUUCGCAGAGUACUUCAUCAACCAAGGCUUGUUGGAGUUAAUAGUAUUUAAAAAUACAAAACUGACUCACAGGGAGCAAUACAGAUGGCUACAAGUAAUGUACCAAGUAGGAGUACUAAUAUCCCGCUCUUCCGUCAACAUACUGCAAGUGAAGCGACUCUGGCUUCUACCUCUAUUUCAAGUGGCCAAUGCUGUAUUCAUUUUCUUUGAGGCCUACUACUUGUUCUUGCCCAAUUUUUGGAUCGUAGUAGCUGUGGUGCUGUAUGAAGGACUACUCGGUGGUUGUGCCUAUGUGAAUACCUUUUACAGAAUAUCUCAAGAGGUACCUGCAAAACACAAAGAAUUUUCAUUGCGGAUUGCUUCACUGGCUGACAGCAGCGGAAUUGCUCUAGCUGGUGCAAUUGCACUGCCUGUGCACGAUGCCCUGUGCCUUAUGGAGUACUGAAGCCAUGCUUAUCAUAUUCGGAACAUCCAACUCCUUUGAACAUCCAGAGGCAUAGCAUAUGUGCUCGUGAGUUGAAAAGCCUGAGCAUCAGGAACAAGCAUAACAUACAGCUCGCUGUAGAUGUCCACGUGUGCAUUCACUUGCCACCAUCCCGUGUGUGAAGAACGUUGCAGAGCUAGAGAUGCUCUCACAGUGCUCAAAGUGUGACUACACGUACAUGUUGUACACCGUGUCAGCUGGCCAGGUUCUUUGUUGCUGUGUUUGCAGGACUUUUUCAACCUUUAUGUUUUAGAUGUACUAUGUAGUCCUGUUAAGAGCUUUAUUGAGGCAUUCCAUGGCGAGGAGAGUAUGUAUAUUUUAGACAUUAAGCACAAGGAUAUUUUAUGAGACAUGUUGUUUGCUUUAAGAAGGAAAUUGUUUUUGUGUCGGUGCUACAAGAAAAGAGAGAGAGAGAAAAGUUUUUUUUUAAGAAUAUUUACGAGUCCUGAGCCUCAUCUAUUUGGUUAGGUGUUUGAACAUUUCAAAAGCAUAAAUGUAUUUUUAUGGGUGUUCUAUUUACUUGAGACAGCUAGAAUCUUAAACUUAUUAUUUUAAGUAAAGCAUUUUAUGCAUGGCACUGUGAUGUUGUGAAUGCUGUGCCCCAGUUUGUUUCUUCAUUAUAUAAUUUACUUACCAGGGAUCAUUUGCAUAAAAGAUCUUCCACAUGCACUGAGCACAUGCUGAAUGCCCUUCCUAGGCUGGAUCUUCCACAUGCACUGAGCACAUGCUGAAUGCCCUUCCUAGGCUGUUUCGAGACUAAGUCAGAGACUCGUACUUAGCUUUUGUCAAAACAUAUCGAGAUCUCAUUUAAAUGAUGCCAUUCCCUUUUUGAGUACCAUUUCUCCAUUUUUCUUUCAAUUUUGACUGGAAUCACUGCUGUUUUUCUCGUAAAACUGAAGUCAGUGCCUGUGCAACAGUACAAUAUAUUAUGCUUCCAAAAGGGCACGGUUAAAUGCCCACAAAUAGAUAUUCAAUAGGAUAGAAUAGACACAAAUAGACAGUUGUGUAUCACUCAUGUGGACAUUGUGAAUGUGGUCAACUUGAAAUACAGACAAUUUUUGCGGGGA